AAUAUUCCCAUUUUUCACCAUCAUCUAAGCAAGUCAACCAAGAAUCGACCAAGAACUCAUCUAUCUACCCCUAACUAUGUCUCUGUCAUCCUCUGCAGCCGACUAGGAAGCGGCACAGCGGACUAAGGAGGAACUCGUCGACAACUGCAUCCAAACAUGGCUGUCUAAUGGGGUAGGCAUUGGGUCGUUCGAGGAUUUGGCUACCCAUCAAUUCCAAUUUAGCGAUACUGAUCUUCCGAUUCAAUUUCCAAGCAUAGGCUUAGAGCAGAAGGGGGGUUAUCGCUCAGUCACUCUAGAUGACAGACCUUCCAAGGACCCGGAAAUCCUAGAACAACGACAGAGGCUCCGUGAUUUAUUAGAAGGAAAUGAACCGCUUUCUAGAGCCGUCGACUAUAUACUGGAGCAAGAAAUCGACCAACGGGAGCUGCUCGCAUUCGAAUCCGAAUCCAUCUUCGAAAUACCUUUGGCAUCCACGCUUAGUUUUCACGACAAGGUCCAUCUUAUAGCCAGACAUAGGCUUCUAGAAAGUGAACUGAAGCCUUCGCCUGAACCUCAAAUUAGGGUUACCCCUAAGCAUGAGCCGAACGUAGACCCUCAGGUGAAUAUGUCUAUGCUCCGAGUUACAGCAAUGAAUACACUUCACCUCGAGAGUUUUUUCGCGCCCUUGUCACCUGAGUAUUGCCUAGAGUGUUUCCAUGCCCUCCUCGAGGAAGUAGCUGAGCCAUAUGCCAGUAUUGGAAUCUCGAACCGCGAAAUACUUGAUCAUGAUCUCUACGGUACAUCGGACGAUAGUGAGACACGUUUCUUGACUGAAUCUGGAAAUGACGAGUGGGAUCGGUCGUGGCGAUUAAGGUCAGAGCUUAGCAAUGAGCAGCUCGCGAGCUGGUCUUAUAGACUUUCAGAUGCCCCUGGUAAUCAUGUUCAGAAGUCGGCAAGACUCUAUACAGAUUGGCUUUGCGUCGACACCAAGGAGCAAUAUGAAAGAAUGUCUUCAUUAAUCAAGGAACGCAAUCUUUCUGCCGUGUUCAUCCGCACUUGGAAAAUCGACGAAGCGAAGCGCGUAGCUCAGGCGAAUGAAGCCAAAUGCAAACCCUCACGUCAAAAUAGCCCCCCUCCAAACAAACACUCGGCUCAGGGCAGUGGCACACAGGGAGAUUAUUCGGUAUCGACAGACCAAUCAUUGGUUCCGGGUGAAGAAAGGGGGCUCCAGGAUUUUGGUAAUAUGGAAGUGGAUAUCCUUUCUGAAUCUAAAGUACGAAAAUAAUAGGCUCUAUCUUGGCGAAUAGCAUCUGAGCUAGGACAGUGUAUCACGGAACCCAAACGAAUAAUUUUCGUUUGUGGUAAUACACGGUGAUGUGUGAAUGGAGUCAAGAAAUACGGGGGCAGUAUACGUCUUUGCUACUGUUUUGUAUGGGACCGGUCAUUGAUACCGAUGCCUUGAUGCGAAUACAAUUCUUAAUAAAAAUGUGUGUAAUGC